CGGAGGGCGCUGCCUUGGGGAAGGGGUGGAAAAGCCGCGUCGCGCCCUGAUGACGACAUCGCCCGCCGCCUUUCCCGGAAGCGGAAGGCGCUGGGGAUGGCGCUGCUGGGGAAAGCAGUGGAGGGCUCGGGCUUGCCCUGAUUCGCGGCGGGCGGGGAUGGCGGGCGCCCGGGGCCUCCAAGCAGCCGGCGCUGGGGAGCGGGCUUUGGCGGAGCUGCUGCUGGAGUUCUCCAGGGCCCAGUACCGCGCCAGGGAUGGAGGAGGAGGAGGAGGCAGCGGUGCAGGAGGAGGAGGAGGCGGCGUCCCAGGAGGAGGAGGGGGGCCUGGCAGCAACACCAAGGUAGAAUGCAUUGAGAAAUGCUGCCUUGAGCUGUUCAGCAGGGACUAUUGCUACAGCCUAAUCCACAACAUGAAUGGUGAAAUCUGCAGCCACUACCCCCGACUGAUUGUCUUCUUAGAAUAUGAGAGCACUGAUCAAGAAAGACACACUAGAUUUGAGAGUACUGUCCAAGUUGGCAAGCUGCAAGACCUCAUCCACCGAAGCAAAAUGGCCAGGUGCAGGGGACGGUUUGUCUGCCCUGUUAUCCUCUACAAGGGAAAGCAUAUAUGCCGAUCAGCCACCCUGGCCGGGUGGGGGGAACUUUAUGGGCGCACAGGAUACAAUUACAUUUUCUCAGGGGGCUCAGAUGAUGCCUGGGCAGAUACAGAGGACCUGUCAGAAGAGGACUCUGCCUUCAGAAAUGCAGACUCUCAGCUGUUUGACAAGGUCCGUGGUCAUGACAUCAAAUUACUGCGCUAUCUGUCGGUUGCAUACAUCUGUGACUUGAUGGUAGAAAACAAGAAAGUAAAGUUUGGCUUGAAUGUAACAUCUUCUGAGAAGGUGGAUAAAGCACAGCGCUAUGCCGACUUCACUCUUCUCUCCAUCCCAUACCCAGGCUGUGAAUUCUUCAAGGAGUACAAGGAGAGAGAUUACACCGCAGAAGGGCUUGUUUUUAACUGGAAGCAGGAUUAUGUAGAUGCUCCUCUAAGCAUCCCAGCCUCUCUCACACGGCCAUUAAACAUUGACUGGAGCGAGUAUCAGAGCUGGGACCUUGUUCAGCAGACACAAAACUACCUGAAGCUUCUGAUCUCCAUUAUCAAUGGUGACGAUGACAGUGGACUCCUGGUACACUGUAUAUCCGGCUGGGACAGGACACCGCUCUUCAUCUCCCUCCUGCGUCUCUCCCUGUGGGCUGAUGGGCUGAUCCACACAUCCCUGGAACCUUCUGAGAUUCUUUACCUGACAGUGGCUUACGAUUGGUUCCUGUUCGGUCACAUGUUAGUGGAUCGGCUCAGCAAAGGAGAGGAGAUUUUCUUUUUCUGCUUCGAUUUUCUGAAGCACAUCACCUCUGAGGAGUUCUCUGCCGCCAAGCAGCUGAGGAAAAGUCUGCCCGCCGGAUUCACUCUGGAAGAGAUCUGUAUGCUGAAACAGAGAGACCGAGGCAGCACCACCAGCUUGAGCAGUGACUUCUCGCUUGUGAUGGAAAACUCUCCUGGAGCUGCAGGGAGUUUCACCUAUGAAGCUGUGGAGCUGAUGCCAGCAGGAUCUCAAACACAGGCUGCUUGGAGGAAGAAUUGUGCAUCCUCCCCUCAAACAGUUCUGUGGAGCCGGGCACAACAGCCUGAAGACAAGCUGCCUCUCCAGGGAGUGCUUGAAGCAAGGUCCUCUAGUUCCUCCUCUUCCAACCAUUCGGAUAAUUUCUCAAGACUGGGCAGCAGUCCACUGGAAGUACCCAAGGCCAGAUCAGCCGACCACUCUCUGCCUGGAUCUUCCAUCUCUACCGACUUUGGCAGCUGGCAGCUGGUAACGGGGAGUGGCAGUAUACAGGAGCAGACAGAUUCAUCCCUUCCUUGCAGCUUCCCGGAUGAGCUCCCUAACAGUGCCUUGCUGGUGACACUGACAGAGAGGGAAUCCCGGCUGGAAGAAGUGCGUUCAAAUUUUUUGGCUGCCUACAACAGCACCGUGGCCCUGAAGACUGUCUCACCUAGCCCAUCAGGAGCCAUUGGUGGCCUUCUGGAGCAGUUUGCCCGGGGUGUUGGACUCAGAGGAAGCAGUGUCCUUUGACGCCUCCUUGUUGUCGCCACCACCACCACCUCAACUAGGUUGCUUUCUAGUCCGAAAGAUGAAGGAACCUAAAAGCCAUGCGAGCCCUAGGGCCAGCUUCCGUUCUGGGCCAAAAUCUCUGGCCCUUUUCUCCUCUGAGGCUGCUGGCUGCACUGCCUGACUGCCAAGUCUUCUGGGUCCACCUGACUGUGAUCAUAGCCUCAGCUGCCUUGGGCUGAGCUGGUUUCCACUGAAAACUGGGAAGGGGGUUCUCCCCCAUUCAUGCAGGUCUUGGCGAGCUCUGACAAAUCACCACAGUAAAAUGUGUCAAAAUACCUA